AGCCUGCCAGGGGCGGUCCGGGCCCCAAAAGGGAUGCCGUCUCCCGCAGCCUGAGCAGCGCCAACCGCAUCCGCCGCCAUCCUCCUGCUGGAUCCGCCGCAUCGCUGCGCCCUGCAAGGGAGGAGCCGGGCCGCUUCCCGGAGAGGCCGAGCCCGCCGGCCUGGAGGCAAAUCGAGCUAAUUCGGGCCGAGUGACGGGCAGGCGGGCGGGCGAGGCGGAGGCGGCUCCCUCCUCAAGCGCCUUGCCGGCCCGGGAGCGCCCAACAGGGCCGAGCAGGCUGGGCCGGGGGAGGCGAGGCGAGGCGGCGGAGGUAAGGCCGAGGGAGCGAGGCAGGCCCGGCCCGCUUCGUUGCCUUUCCCUGCGGGGAGGAGAAGGAAGAGGCGCGGCGGCGCCUUCCGAGGCCGAGCAGCCGGCCGGCCUGCAGGCGGAGGAUUUAGGAUUUGAAAACAAAUUUAGGAUUUGUUUUUAAGCUUGAAAGCGUCACCAUGUCGAAAGAAGUGAAGGAGCUCCAGAAACGUUGGCUGGCGAUGAUGGAUACGGUACAUAGCAACUCACAUGUGCUUUCUUUUAUGAACUCCAGAGUUGGCCAGUACUUAGAUGAUCACCCUUUUGUUGCCCUCUCCCUGAUGGUGUUUAUCGCAGCCUCAGCCGUUCCGAUUGCAUUUUUUCUGGUUUUUGUCGUCACUACCACAGUCCUGGCGUGCAUCGGAGUGAUCGUCAUGGAAGGUUUCGUAAUAUCCUUGGGUGGCGUCACCUUGCUUUGCAUUCUUGGUGGAUUGGGCAUGCUGUCGCUGCUGGUUUCCGGAAUGCUGAGUGUUUGUUACCUGUCUCUUACAACCCUGCUCAGCUACUGGCCCAUUCGAGAGGGCCCGUCCAAGAAAGAGAAUGCCAAUGGAAGCAGUUCUGUCUCCAAUCUCAUUAUUGACUAGGAAGCAGAAACUUCUCACAAGGGGUGAAUAAAUUGGAUAGCGGCUCAAAAUGUCUCCCGACAGUGGCACUUUAACAAAAAAAGAAAAUGUAGCUGGAAAAAAAACAUCCUUGUUACAGUAUUCUGUAGAAUUGUUUACCCACCAAGAGGACCAGGGUUCAGCUCCUUAUUAACAGGGAAUUAAGAGACUGAUUUCUCCAGAGCCGGAGGCUAAUAUAGCCAAGCCCUCGCUCCCAAUUAUUUUGAAAACCUUCUCGGCAGCUUUUAGGCAGGGUUUUCACGCACGGUUGCUCCUGGAGCUUCAGGAACCCAACGACAGUGUUGAUUUUGAUUUUAACGUGGGAAACGGAGCAGGGGAAUCUAUGCCCGACUACAUUGCUGGCGACGGCAAAUGGAACCGAAAUACGGGCCGUGGCAAAGACCCCAAAUUAAAGCCGGUACAUCUCUUUACGAUUGCCUUUCGGGUGGGGCAGGUCAAGCGUUUUUGAUUUCUUUGUUUCUAGGGGGGGUUGUGUUCUGCCUUUUGUUUGUUUGUUGCAUUUAGCAGCUUUGCAGAAAGCUGGAUGGUUAAGCACAGUAGUUUUUCUUAUGCCAAAUAUCGGUCACUCUAGGUCUAGUUUGAAUUUUUUAAAAAAGGUUUUUUCUUCUGCUUGGUUGCUUAAAGCUGUCAUCAAAUAUACUUUUUGCCACUUACUUUUCA